AUGAGCGUGGUGCCACAGCAGCAGAUAACAACAGUAGGUGCCACAGCAGCAGAUAACACAGCAGUAGGUGCCACAGAUUCAGACACAACAAUAGGUUUCACAGAUUCAGAUACAACAGGAGAUUCAAUCAAAGCAACCGGUGUAAGCACCAAACUUUGA